GCCAAUAGCAUAAGAGUUCUCACUCAGGUCAUUCACCUUUUCUCACUAGCAGCAGAUAUGAAGGUCAAUCGGGGAUCGAAAACUGAGGAUGCUCAUAACGAUGAUGAUGAUGUCAGUAGUGCUGCUGAUGAUGAUGAUGAUGAUGUUGAUGAUGAUGAUAAUGACGAUGAUGCUGCUGAUGAUAAUGAUGAUGGUGAGAUGAUGAUGAUGAUGAUGAUGAUGAUGAUGAUGAUGAUGAUGAUGAUGAUGAUAAUGAUGAUGAUGGCAACCGCCGAUGAUGAUGAUGAUGAUGAUGAUGAUGAUGAUGAUGAUGAUGAUGAUGAUGAUGAUGAUGACGGCGAUGAUAAAACCGAAGCUCGUGAUGAAGAUGCCCUCUUGCGAGCUGAUGAUAAAGUUGUCGCUGACGAACAUGCUGAUGAAGAAGCCCACUUACUAACUAAUGUUGUCCCAAUAAGAUGACGCAGAACCUUUCUUAAAACAAACGCGCUAGAUACGA